AUGACAACCCCGCGAGUCUUCGUCGUCCGCCACGGCGAAACAGAAUGGUCCCUUAAUGGCCGACACACGGGUACCACAGAGCUGCCUCUGACUGCGAAUGGCGAAAAGAGAAUCAUAGCCACGGGUCGAGCGCUGGUGGGUGACGAUAGACUGAUUGUGCCCCGGAAGCUGGCGCACAUAUACGUAAGCCCGCGCAAACGCGCCCAACGAACCCUCGAACUGCUCUCGCUCGGCUGCCGCGAGCCACUGCCUUGGGUACAGCAGCGCUCCCCCGACGCUGAUAUCCGGACCGAAGCGUGCGUGCAGAUUACCGAGGACGCGCGGGAGUGGGAUUAUGGGGAUUAUGAGGGGGUGACGAGUCCGGAGAUACGGCGGAGGAGGGCGGGGGAGGGGGUUGAGGGGGGCGCGUGGGAUAUCUGGAAGGAUGGAUGUCCUGGUGGAGAGUCUCCAGAACAAGUCACAGAACGCAUAGACCGGCUCAUAGCAGACGUGCGCUCACGAUUCCACGCGCCCGCGCUGAACGACAAAUCGCUGCCAGGCGACGUGCUGAUCGUGGCACACGGCCAUAUAUUGCGGGCUUUCGCGAUGAGGUGGGCGGGUAAGACAUUGGCUGAUGGGCCGAUCUUCUUGCUUGAGGCUGGUGGUGUUGGUACGUUGAGCUAUGAGCAUAGGAGGAUUGAGGAGCCUGCUAUUCUUCUGGGAGGUAGUUUUAUGGUGGAUAUUAUAGAAGAUGUUGCGGCUGGGAAGAAGUGA